AUGUCGUCACCGCCACCAUCAUCGUUGUCUCCGCCUCACGAGCCACCGCGCGUGCUCUUUCCACAGGAAUGCUCCCAUGACACGCACUGCAUGAGCCAUAGGGGCGACCUCUACACCGCCCUCAUCACGGGAGGAAGCAGACUGGUGCUGCUGAAGAACGGUGUCGUACUAGCGCAAAGUUGCCCACUGUUCGACGAAGCGCCGACGGCGGCAGGCGCAGAGAUGGCGACGAGUACCGCGCCCACAACUGCCGAAGCCGCUGCCACAACGGCGUCGAGAGGAGCGACAGCCUGCACACGGGGCGAACCUGCUCGGGCAUUGUCGGCCUCGGCGUCACGUGUGUGCGCCGUGUCCGUGCACCAUUUCACCGAUGAUGUCUUGCGCGUUGCCGUGGCCACGACAGCGGACGUGUUUUUGUUCGAGUUCGAUGGUGCUGGGCAGCUGUGGCGCGACACCCGUGCGUCUUCGUUUUGGCGAACAGCAGAGGACACCGACGCGGUGCACGCCAGCUGGAUACCACCGCCGUCCUCUGCCGCCGCGUCAUCGGGCAAGGCUGGGUGUUCAGCAAGUCGAUGCACAUCCAUGCAAGGGCGCAGCAACGUUUUCCAAACAUCGAAUGCGUCUUCUUCGUCCGCCGCAGCGUGGGGCUCUGGCCCUAUCACGAGUGGCGGCCAGCCAACGCAGAGGCAGUGUGGUUUCACAGGGGGACUGCGGUGGAGACGGGUGGCCUUCCGCUUAGACGGGACGUUGUUGGCCACUCGCCCUGGACUGACCGAGGACGGCAACACUUCCCUCUCUUCGACCACCCCAAACCGUGGCACCACGCUCACCCCUGCGGGCGUGAGACUGAGAGGUGCGAGUGCCGCUGCUCCUGCUACUGCCGUGCCGGUACGUAUAUCUACGCCCGCGCAUCCCUCCGUCGUGCGAGCAGUGGACUUUGUCAGCGUGGACACGUUGUGCAUCGUGCUCGACACAGAGGCGGUUCUGGUCGUGCUCGGUAAUAGCAAUGACGCGCCGGCGCUCACCUCUGUUGUAGGCAGCGCCGCUGCUGCCGUGGAGCUGCCGGAUCGCGUAGUGUGGCGUUCCAUGGGGGCCUACCGCAGCCUCGCUGUGUGUCGUGUGAAUCACCACGUUGCCCUCGCAUUGGGGCAUGCCACAAUGGUCGUCUUUCCUUCCUGCGUCUUCCCUGCGGAUAGUCAGGUUCCCAUGUCGUCCCCCGCGUCGCCGGGCUUGGUGGGCGAGCGCUGCUUCAGCAGUGUUGCAUCCACGACCACUCCUUCCCUGUUCUCUACAAACCCCGCAUCAGGCGGCGCACACGUCACCGCGACGGUGGAGAGCCGCGACUUCGCUGUCGCACCAACGCCGGCCUUCUUGCCAACGUCGCACCCGACCCUGGUCAGAGGCUUUGCCGGAACGCCUGGCCAACCUACAGGGACGCCUGGAGCGUCCGCGUCGCCCGCGGCUGGGGGGUACACGACGCUGGCGGAGCGCGCUCUCACCACCUCGGUCGGCAUCUACCACAUCACUGACAUGCAGUGGCACUGUGUUUCAUCGCACACGCUGCUCUGCGUCACGUGUACGCGCCCGCAGGAAGAGACGGGAUACAUGAUGUUGUAUACAGUGCAGUCACUGUCCAACGUGCGGCGGUACACGAACGUCAUGAGAGAGAACGCUGAUGGCGGGUGGGGGCCGUGCCGAGGCGGGUACGAGGACGAGGAGCUAGACAUCGCUGACGCAGGUCUCGGCUUGUGUGGCAGGAGCGUCAAGAAUAUUGUGCAGCUUGUCCCCGCCGGUGUCAUCGUGCUAGCGUACACCCCGUCUUUACGGAUGCCCGGGCUUCACGCGCACCCGUGCGCGAGCGGCAGCCCUGCAUUUUUGGUUGGGAACGCAACAUCUCCGGCGUCCACAGCCGCCACGCCGCUGCACACUUCCUCGCUGCAACUCGAGACGCCAGACGUUGCGGCGCUCUCUGUCAGUACGGUGGCCGGGACGACGUGGGGAGGGGCGCCGCCGCCGCCCAUUGCCGAGAUGCAUACGAGCCUUGUCCCGAACUUCUCGCACUUUGCGGAGGCCAACUCGCUGAGCAGCCGCAUGGAGUUUGUGCACGUCGAGGGUGACGGCACCGUGCGGACGUCGAGUUACGCGUUUGGGCGACAGAAGCACGCAAGUUUUGCCAAGCAGCGCGCCGUCGGGCUGGCUUGUAGGGAGCUGUUGCAGCCUCUCCUGCUCCUUUACAGCUCCCUGGUGAAGGUCACGGUUCUGCCAACGUGGCGUACGCGACCCAUCGAGCUCGGACACGAUACCAGCAAGCAGCCGUGUGCGGUGGAGCUUAUGCUCGGCGGGGCGCGGCGGUAUCGAAUGGUGCUGCGCUUCACGAGUGGGGUGGUGCUAGCGGUGAUGGUGGACCUCUCCGCCGCUGUGUAUCGGGUUGAGUGCUUCCUGGCUUUGGGCUGCGCGCCGUUGUUGUCUCUGCGGACCGUGGUGCCUCUGGCAGAGGCUGAAAAGGUGCACAGGCAGCCGGCGCCAUCAUUUGUUUGGAGCCCCGCAGGCUCGUCGACGAUCCUCAUCGCCGGCUUGCUCGGCUUCCCCACACCUGCGCUGCCGAUCCCAUCCGAGACGCCGCUGAGCCUGCCGAAGGCCCCCGAAUCGUUUCUGGAAGGCGAGAAAGAGGGCGCUGAGGACUCGGAGGCUGCGCAGCGGGCUGGCGGCUCCACCUCGGCCGAUUUGCCAGUCGUAACGCGCACCGUCUCCGCCACCUCAUCGCGCAACGCUACUCACGCCGCUUCGGACUCCGCAGAGACUGUGAUGCCUCCUCGGACCGUGUGGGCUGUGGUGCUGCUGCAGGUAGAGCCCUCUGGUAUGCAGGCGCGAGUGCUCACGGUGGCACCGCUCACUGAGGUACACAUCCCUGGGGUCUCGUUGACAGGUGCUCACGAUGGGGGCGGCAGCGGUAGCGACGCGCAAGACGCACGUCAGCAAGCGAGUGCGCAGGCAGCUGCGAGUGCCGCCUCCACGUCCGCUAGGGAUGUACCGCCAAUGCCACUGACAACCGCCUCGACCGCUGCAGCAGCGGGCUGUGCGGCGCAGGUGACGGAGGACGACGUCGUCUCUUUCAUGACUCUCAGGUGCCCGGAGAAGCUUCGCUUCAUGCCGGCACUGCUGAAGGCGGCUCAGCAGGACGCGGGGCGUUUGCUGGCACAACUCAUCGCCAAGUACGGGGCUAUGGAGGAGAGCGGUGAGGCCGUCGGCGUCACCCAAGCGUCAGAGAAGGGGGCCAGGAUGGAUGACGGGGAGGUUGAAGCGGUGCCGGUCAUGUCUCGCCCCCACCCCGUUCUGCGUAGUCUGUCCGUGCUGACCAGUGGCUGCAUUGGGCCAGGAGGUGAGGUGCUGCUGCUGGUUCGCGCGAACGCGCUCUGCGGCGGCAGCAGGGAGGGAGGCGAGGGCGGUGGUGCUGCGGGGCUGAUUCGACUCCGUCCACCAUGCCUCGAGGCACUUGCCCCGGUACACCACCUCGUGGCUGCCGGAGGUUGCUACAUCCCUUUCGAGCCCAUUGUGGCCGAGUAUGUGCCGGUGCUUGCAGAGGUGCAGCAGCGGUGGUGGUCAAAGCCGCUGCGGCCAGCCCAACUGUCUUCGACGUGCGGGGAUACAUCACCAAGACGCUUGGAGGGCUGGGUGCAGGAUGUUCGAGAGGCGUUGUGCGCCUGCCAGCGUGUCUCUGCCGCUGCGGAAGGGGCGGCGGUGGUGCAGUGCCAGGUUGUACCGGGAUCGCCCGGGACAACGUACGUUCGUGUACGUACUCCGCUGUCACCGGACACCGGCGAGGUUGGUGCGCCGACUUCCCUGCAGCGCCUUUUGUUGCCCUCCACGAUCGACCCGAGGAGCAUCACAUGCGUGACCGGCGCCCUGCUGGUGAACAAUGACGUUGUGAUCGGUGUGCUCUGCCGCACCUCAGAGGUCAGCAGUGGCGCUUCCUCCGUCUUGUAUCUCUACGGUUGCCCAGCUACUCAGUCGCUCGCGGCGUCUAGGAAAGCUACCGCUGCUGCUACGGCGAAGCCGAGCGACAACACUGGCGUGGCGGCGGCAUGUCUCGCUUCAGGCUCUUCCGAGUUUGGCCUCGAGGCAACGCUGCCCGGAGUGGACGCCUUCUACCUCAGCGCAAGUGGCGAAGCCGUGGUGCUGCGACGGUGGCCGGUCCAGGUGGGUAUGGGACCACCACCGCCAACAGAGAGCGCCGCCGUGCACGGGUCGCGGUUCGAGCGCUGGCUGCGCUGCUUUCCCAAAGGGAGCGACAGCGGCUACUCCUACGUCCAGGACUGCGCGUGGUGUCCGCCGUGCGGAGUCACCGGCGGGCUGCCCGGAAUCGGUGGCCGUGGCUCGGCAGUCGCCCCGGAAACGGUGACGGCUCUCAUGACUCUGGACGUAACGGGGGCGUGGGGGGCAAGCCCCGUGGGCCUCUCGGUAGCAGACGCGGCAAAGCUGGGCAGCAGCCGCACGUCCACCUGCCACAUACUCUACGCAACUACCAGCAAUUCCUUCAUUCAUGUCCGCCAACUCCCGUUGCGCAGCAGCGGCGCCACAGCGAGCGCUUCUGGCAGCUCGUCGGCUUCCGUCCUCGGGGAGGCAGCGCUGCCGCAGUAUCAUCCCGAUGCUGUUAUGCAGCUGAUCGGCAUGGGGCGAUGGAACGCGCUGGGGAAGGUGUUGACGUGCGUCGCGGACGCGGUGAGGGAGGUGGUGGCGCCGGUGGAGGCUGACGGAGCAGCCUCGACUGUGGAUGAAUCAUCGAGUAUGAUGCUGUUCGAUCAGUCCCCGGAGGAACUGGCGCGGCGCUUGUGCAGCUCGGCUGUGGCGCGCGACUUCCAUGACCGUCCGAAGGUGACGCAGUACGAGGAGGUGCUGCGUCGGGUAACGCCGCCGCAGCUGUCUGUGGCGGCGUUACUCGCGGAAGAGAUGCAGGCCAACGCGACGGCACCCGGGCCAUCUUCCCUGGCGCCUUCCACGACGGCAGGUGUCCGCUUUUAUGACUUCAGCGCCACCUGCGGCGCCCUGGUUAGCGAGCUUACCCAACUGCUUCCUCAGGUCACCCUGGGCAGACUGGAUAACCACGAGCACCUGAAGUUGCUGUGCAUCUUGGAGGCCUUACGUGACACGUUGCCGCUGAGCCGCAGCGUCGACGAGGCAGCCGCGCGGUAUCUCUUCUACAGUCGCUACGUGGGCCUUGGAAGACGCCUGCAACUGACGAGCGCAGACACGCCAGCUGCUGCCGCCACGGACUCGUGCGCCCCCAUCAACUCCGUGUUGCACUUCGAGGUUGCCCGCACCGCCACGCGCAUCGUCACAACGGCAUCUUAUAUGUGGGCGGCCAUGUCCGACUCGCAGUCGACCCUCCUAUCGCUCUUGUUCGACAGGGCAAGCACGGUGUACGUGGACGGCGGCGCUGGUGGUGGUGCCGCCGUCGGCGGUGGAGGCACAGGAGAGGCAUUGGCGCCGGUGACAGGCGGGGCGUCGGCACAGGACCUGACCUGGGAGCAGGUGAAGCAGUCGGGGGUGGCGUUUUGGCUGCACUCUGCGGCUGACUUGCGCACCAUGGCGGACCGCGUCGCUCGACAUCAGUAUCAGUCGACGAAGGAGCUGACCGACUGUGCACUCAUGUACUGCACGGCUCGCAAGGUGGGCACGCUGGCGGCGCUGGCCAAGGCCCAGAACAACCAGCGGCUGCACGCCUUCUUUAGCCGCGACUUUUCGAAGGAUGAGCACAAUCGUGCGGCUGCCGCCGCUAACGCGUACGCCGCCAUCAGCAAGAACAUGCCGCAGUACGGUGCGGCUUUUUUUCUGCUGGCUGGUGACGUUCGGAGUGCUGUGCAGGUGCUGCUGCAGCGGUGUCACAAUCCGUCCUUGGCCUUGUUCGUGCUGCGAGCAGCAGGCGACGCUCUGGAGGAGCAGCCAUCGGGGGCGGAGACGGCUCUGGAGUGGUACAUCGCGCAGCGUACGGCGGAGGCGGAGGUGUGUGGUGCGCUGGACAUGUGGGAGCUGGCCUGCCUGAGCUGGAUCGACGUCAACCCGCCACGGGUGUCGCCGGAAGUGGCGGUUCAGCGACGUAUCCGGGCGCUGCAGCGCAUCGCGGCCCACCCCACUGCGCACCCUGAGGCCCUCUGCGCGCUGCGCUACGCCAGAGACUGCGUGGCCGCCCUUGCCUAUCGCGGCGACCAAUUUCUCUCACCAGCUCGUGAGGUGGUGUUUCUGCUGCGGCUCGGUCGGUACUGCUUGGCGCAUCGACUAGGCCUGAAUGGCUACCUGCACUACCACGACGCGGAGGCGCUGCUGCGGGGGCUGCGGGCAGAGACAGCAGCGGCGGCUCGCUCUGGUACCCUGCAACGCACAAGUAAUGGUGGGGGCACGUCUCGCAGAGCGCCGCCGCAGACGGCGAAAAUGGCGGCCGACUUCAACACCGGAACGCUUCUCUUUCGUGGGUUUGGUGGCAGCGACGACGACGACGAGGGCGGGAGCGAUGACGGUGGAGCUCCCGCGCAUGCAAGACAGGGCAGCUCCUCUUCCGCUGUGGGCGUCAGCGCUGCUGACGCCUCUUCGCCAUUGUUCACGCUGUCCGAUGCGGCGGCCGCUGCUGUGGAGGCGGAGGUGCAGUACGUGUACGCCCGCACCGGCGCUACAGGGCGGCCAGGCAGUGACGCUGCAACUAGCGCGAGUGUUACUGCGGACGCUGGCGAGUGCAAGGAUAUUCUGCGCCGCAUGCUGCUGAGCUUUACCACUGCCUCGUCCUUCAUGCCGAUGUCGAACAUGGCGGCUGCCGAUGGUGGUGGCGGGGGAGCGGAAAGCGGGUUGAUGCCGUCGCUUGCCACGUCGUCCUCCUCGGCCCGGGCCAACCCGCACGCACUCUUCCAGCAGCUGCUGACAUCGCUCCUACAUCUGCUAUCGGCCGGGGAGGCCAAUGCGCAGCCGGAAGUGCCGUCUUUGAGUAUCACCCCCCGUAAACCCGCAGACGGGGGCUGGUGCGCCCUGUGCGUGCCCCUGCUUCACUUCCUCCUGAGUAAUGUGGCGUUGGAGUGUGCCAACUACAUCGUGCUGCUCGCCCUUCAGCGUAUCCCUGUUUCCACGGAAGGGGUCCUGAAGGCCGCGGUGCAGGCGAAGCUUCUGUCGGACGACGGUGACGAGGUGCAAGGAGCCAGCGCCACGCCUCCCCCCGAUGCUGAUGCUGCUACGACGGCACCGCCACUCACUGCAUCCCCAUCCCCAUUGCACCGUCCUCUGACUGCCUUUUUUCAUCUUCUCGUGCACCACAUGAGACGGCACUACCGUGACGCGUGGGCAGCGGACGGCGGUCGCCUCGGUGGUGGGCAGGCAUCCACGUCACCGGGUCGCCAGCUAGAGCCAGGCGGCGGCAAGGGUUGGGUGUGGGGCGUGGGCAACGACGAUGACGCGGAGGCGGUGGCGGAGGAGGAUGACACGAUGCGUGGCAGCAGCGAAGACGACGAUCAGGUCCAUCGGAGCAUGUUCGAUGCGCUGCUUGCUGCUGGCGUCGCAGAGGAGGAGUCGAGCGAUCGCGGGGCGCGGGUGUGUCGGCCGUCUUGCAGUGCAGGGGCAAGCUGGCGCAGCUUUAGCCCCCGGGCCGACGCGGAUGGCGCCACCAUCGAUGGCGACGCACCUGGCGACUCGAUGCCGCUGCGCCUUACAGACUCGGCUCAGGUGUCGCUGCUGCUCUCGUGUUGCCAGGCUCAGCUACACUUGCGGCUUAUGGCGCACCUCAAGCAGCUGACACAGGCGGAGCUGGACUCGGAGGUGAUUACGCCGACCACGCAGCGCGCCAUGGACGCCGGGAUCCUCUAUGCCGAUGCGCUCUCCCCGGAGGCACAGGCGGCGGUGGUGCAGCGUCGCCUACUUCAGUGCACGCUGCUGCUAGACGUGACGUCGCGUUGGAGCACGCUCUCGGAGGAGUGCAUGAUGCGCAUCUACGCCGCGCAGCCGCAGUACGCGCCCGGUCCUUUGACGGACCCCAACGGCGUUUUCUUAGAAGUGCAGCAGAUGGUGAGCCUGAUGCGGGCGGUGUUGGUGGCGGUGCUGGACGCUCCGCCGAGAUAUAUGCAGGCGAGCGCUUCUCAGGGGACGGCGGAGGCCUCAGCGGCAGCCGAAUGUGGCUGUGCGAAAAAGGAGGCCCACGAUGGGGCGUCCGAUCCUGUGACGCCGCCGCCGCCGGGGAAGUCGACAACCUCGUGGUUAGAGGACAACACACUCACGCUGCUGGAGUUGUGUGCGACACAGCUGGAGCUGUUCUGGACGCUGCCGGCGCCGGCACUGGCACAGUGCUCUCAGCUGGCAGCACCGACCCGCGCGGCGGUGGAACUGCUGCAGGAGUCUACUGCGUCACACACGUCGGCGCGAGCGCUGCUGGAGGGUAUGCUGCGCCCAGUGAAGGUAGCAGCAGAUCCCCUGGCGGAUCACAAUCGUCUCAGCAACGCGGGCACGCGUUUCAACGACGCCGCCUCCGCCUCCCAGCGCCUCUUUGCCUUCUCAGGUUCAGCGACACCGGCCUCCUCGUCGCACAGGACACGGACGGCGUCUCCCUCGGCACCUGACGUCACACCGUCGCCGGAUGAGCCACAGCAGUGUAACGGCCACACCGAUGUGUACUGCCCCGCACUCUCCUACAUGCAGCUGGCAUGGAUGCGGCGGCACCACACGCACGCACUGCUGCGGGGGCUGCUGCUCAUGGUGACGUUGAAUCGCGGUCAGGGACAGGGCCAACGUCCUGUCAGCACCGACCGCCUUAUUCUUGCUCAACACAACCACAGUGCCACCGGGGUUCACUUCGACGCCUCCAGCUGCGACAGUGUAGUGUGGACGACUGAGUCCGGCACCUCGGUUGGUCACGGCUUCCGCGAACUCCUCGCCGGGGACAACGAGGAGGCGCUGUGGAAGCAGGCAACAGAGCGCAACUUGGCGACGGCCGCCUUCACUCUUGGGCUGACUGCACAGCACGAGCGGCUCCGCCUGGCGAUGGAGCACGCGGAGCAGCAGUACACACCCGCUGUCAUCGCGGCGGUGGCAGCCAAGUCAGCGCUCGAGAGUCGACCGCGGCUUGGCGAGGCGGCCAAUGCGAUGCCGUCCAGCCACCCUCACCUGCCGUUCUUUGUCUCUCGGCACCUCGACGGACACCUCGACCUCUACCCCUUCGCGUCUCAGGAGUGCGUAGCGAGCUUCCGCUGUGCGGGGCGUCACGGCCAAAGCGCGAUGGGGAGUUGCAGCGGUACCAACGGCGGCGUUGGCACCAGCAGCAGCAACGCAUACGGAUGGCGAGCGUGGGGGGUAGCGGCGGGGCCCACCGCGGCCGUACCGGCACACAGCGCGCGGCUGGCUUGCUCUGGAGGGGGUGCAGCUGUAUCCUCAUGGCUCGACCGCGAUGGUCGCUACGCCGUCACCCCCGUUGCUUUCUCCCCCAACGGCUACAUCAUCGCCGUGGGUCUCUCUGACGGCUCCGUGGCGGGCUGGCGCUGUGCCGCGGCGGCAGUGGAGAGCCCGCCGGCCUUCUUCGUUCCGCAGCUGUUCGCCCCCUUCGGGAUACGCAGCUGCACGUUCUGCGGAGAUCGGAGCUCGCUGGUGGUGGUGGUCGGGGUGGCCAAGGAGUCGCACCAGUAUCGGUGUGGCUACGCCACCGCUGACUCAGCGCCUUCUCUUGGCAUCAGUGCCGACGCACCACUGUCUGGGCUCGCCUCUCCUUUGGUGGCCUCGUCCGUUGCAGCAACCCUCGACUCCGCAUCCGCCACGUGGCCCACCACGCCCGCGAGUUUCGAUGCUGGAGAGAUGGUGGGCGAGAUGCUGAUCCUGGAUAUCAUGCUGGGCGCCGGUACCAUCACGGCUCGGUGCGCGCUGCCCUUCAUACCCUCCUACGGUGUCUACAUCACCUCUCUGCGAGCGGUACUGAUGGUGUCCGUGGACGGCAUGCUGGCCACGUACGCGGUGGCAACGGGCAGGUUAGCCGUACUGGGGACGGUGCCCGUCACGACGGUGCUGCGGUCUGCGCUGGGGCCGUCGCUCGGCGCCGACGGCGGUGAUGCCGGGGCGGGCGUGGCGUCGUCUAGGAGUGGCGCAUCGGAGAGCGAUACGGUCUACAUCACAUGUGUGGCGCGCAGCAGCUACGACCCACUCGUUGCAUUCGGCGUAUCCAACGGCCUGGUGCUGCUGUUGCACUUCCGCAGCAUCAGUGCGGCGAUGGCACGGACGGAGCGGCGGAUCCGAGACGAGGGCGAGGACACGUUUGUGUACUACCCACCACCCGUGUUUUCCGCCGGCUUCGACGCAACCGGGAGCCGCCGCAGCAAGCGCGGAGCUGCUCAGCACACAAAGAGCUGCGCGGUUGCAUCGAUGAGCGUGAGAGCGCGGGUGACGAGCGAGGUGGCGGCGCCGGCGAUGGGCAGGGAGUUUCUCGCACGGCUUCCAGAAAAAACGGUGUUGAGUGAGGCAACGUGCAUGCAGGUGGCGCCGCACAUCAACACCCGCAGCGCCAUCGUGGAUCUCGUGUUUAGUCCGUCGAUGCUGCUGGCUGGGUUGGAAGAUGGAAAGGUGAUGGCGGCCUCGCUCAUCGCGCACGCGACUCGAGCGCGUCUCACGGCCGGCUGUACGAUCCCGAGCGAUCUGCUAGAGUGGCUGUGA